AUGAGUCUACAACUGCUUCUGGAGACGUUGCCAAUAAUCAUGAUCAUGAUGGCUUCUCUUGAAUCGACAGCGUUGAAAAAGCAUCUUAUGAUGAUUCAGUUUCUGAACAACAGGAACAAGCAACUGUGCAAUCAGAAUCUGAUUCGACUGAAGCCAUCAAACUGGGCGAGGAAAUCUUGCCCAUCGUUCGAAGGGGAAGCUUCGUCCAGGACUCCUUUCCUCGUCCGCCAAGAAUUCGACGCUGCCAUCAGAGAGGUCCUGAGGAAGUGGGUCAGCGAAGACAGCGAAGUGACACACAGUGAGGACUUCCUUGGCCUUAGUCACAGCGAUAUCCUGGACCGCUACAGACAGCUUCGAUCCCGAGAAUUGAAGGAAGAGACCCAAGUCUUUAUCGUCACGUCCGACAACACUAGUUACAAAAUCGUGUUGGACGUCCAAGACUUCAUGAACGGGGAUCUGAAGGUGAAGGUGGCGGGCGAGACGGAGGUGGUGGUGGAGGGUCGUGUGGAGAGGAGAGAAGAAGGAAGCUCAUCCGUGUCCUCCUACUCCUUCCGACGCCGCUUCUCCUUGCCAGAGGAUAUUGACAUGACAGCCAUCACGUGCAUCAUGUCUUCCGAUGGCAUUCUUACAAUCUUCGCUUCAAAAAUGACUUACACAUCAACUCGUUCUGACUCUGUCAACCAUUUCAUACGAAUUUCGGAAUAG